CACGUCUCGGCCCAGAAUCCGCAAUUGCAUUUGUAGACUCUGCAUGUCUAUGCAUUCAUAUCGUGCCUCAAAGUCGACAAAUGCCACAUCUGCCAGUCGUGAUUUGAUGGACCAAUAAGUUAUGGUAGAGAUAGACUAUGCUGCUUCCGUGCCGUAAUCUCGUAGCGUCACUGUUAUAUCCGCCAUUGGCCAAGAAAAAAGAUACAGUGACAGUGACAGUGGCAGCGACAGACAGGCAAGCUCGGACGAUAAUCCAUCUUCCGCCAGCUCAAGACCAGGCUGCGGCAUCUCCGAGCACACACACACACACACGCACACAGGGGGUCGACCGUUUACCACCCUUCUACAGACCAUUCCCAAUACAAAUACAAGGAAUAGCAUUACUAGUAUGCGAAGCCCAGGGGGACUACUCCGUAUAUCUCAACCUUUCCCAGUCUAUCUCGACUGUAUUGUCCCGUCCCUGCCACACAUCUUUGCUCUCUGCUCACAACUGUCAACACGCUCAAAAGCAGCCAUGUCUCUAUUCGCCAACUCUCUCUCUGUGCAAGAGCACCCCCAGCUUGUUGCCUUCUCGAGCAUCGUGCUUGUUCUCUGGGCGGUAGCCUAUUUUACCGGAACCAGAAACAGGCUUCCCAGUCUGAUUGACCACGAACACCAGUCGCCUCCCCCUCAGCCCCAAGCAGCCCUUCACCUCCAGAGAGAGAAAACGGACGAGAAGGGCCGCGAGGAAGAAGAAGAAGAGUGCGAGGACGAGCACUCCUCUCUCGAGGAAGGCAACAACCUGCGCCCUCCGCCGCCCCCCGUCGUCGUCAUCCCCUGGCGCGCCUCAUUCGGCCUCGGCAUCCCGCCGCCCACGCACGGCCUGGCGAGGCCGUCCUGCUCCGCCGAGGCCCGCAAGGGCUCCACCUGCACGCAGCACUGCUCCGACGACAGUGCUGCGCUGCUUCUCCUUCUCCACCAUCACCACCAGCAGCAGAGAGAUGCGGGAGGUGAGUCGGCGGCGGCUCUGGCGGGCAUUGGCGGCCAGUUUCCUCCUCCGAGAGGGGAUGAUGAUGAUGACGAGGAAGAGGAUCUGGGGGAUGAUAUUAGGCGCUGGAGUUUGUGUGGUUAGGUUUCCUUUCUUUGAAUCUCGCUAUUUUACUCACGCACCCUCACUCUCCUUCUCUUCGUAUACUGUCGAGCGCUUGGUGAGGAAAGUAUCGUAUCAGACUUUAGAGUUUGUGUAGUUCCUUUCCCCCAUACUCACACAAUCACACGCGCUUCACUCUCCUUCUCUUCGUAUUCUGUCAAUACUUUAUAAGAGGAUUGUUAUGUGGGAUGGUUUUUUGUCAAUAGAGCUAGACUUUCCCUACUUGGAUAGAUGUCGUGUUUUUCUGCCUAUCUGCACUUUCUUUCUUUCUUUCUUCCUUUCUCUUUCUUGAAGGUACUACGACAUAAACAAUAGAUAGCCCAUCGGCUUGCGGAGAUAUACC